CUUAUUAAAUAGUUCGCCAUGUAAAUUUUGAAAUAAUAUAAAGUUAUUAAAAAUUGUAUUGGAAACAUGUCUUGGUUUUCGCGUACUAAUAUAACUUCGCUGACUGGCCAAUUCACAGAUCAACUGUCUUCGUUCACGAGGGAUGUCUUGACUGAAGAGGAAGAUGAAGGUCAAACGGGGUCAUCCAAUGAUGUAGUCCCAAUAGACGAGGUCAAUGACCUGGCAGCUGCGUGUAAGAGGAUAGAAGAAUUGGAACGAACAGCUGCCAAACUACGUGAAGAGACAAUUCGAUAUCAAAAACUAGCCAGCCAAAACGAACAACGAGCAAAUUCAUACGAAAAAGAGUUAGACCGAAUUUCAAACCAACAUAUCGAAGCAAUACAAGAAAAAGAUUUCGCGAUCAAAAAACUACAGAAACAGCUCGAAGAAUUCAAAUCGAAUCUAAACAGUGGAAAUAACGAGUCAGUUAUAAGUAAUAUUAAUACUAGUUCUACGUGGAGUAAUUUCGACUGGCAAGCAGAUACUUCCGAUAUUACAGUAACUUCCGAGCAAGCAGUUUUUGAAAUACCGGAUUUAUUAGUGCCUGAAACUGCGGAUGAUACAAGCUUUAAAUUGGAAAAACUACAACAAGAAAAUGAAAACUUGAGACUCGAACUUGAAGAAUUAGAAACUUUUCAAACUGAAAAAUUUGAAGCUUUAGAAACCUCUCAUAAAGAAAAGAUACAAAGUCUAGAAAAGUUCUACAAGUCGAAACUAGAGUGUGUAAAAGCCGAAAAUUUAGCAUAUCAAAAUCCAGUAUCAAAAAGUUCGGAUGAAUUUUCUCAGCAAACUGAAAGUUUAGUUCAAGCUGAAAACUUUUCUCAAACGGCUGAAAAGCGUGAAGAAAAUGCUGAAGUGCAAACAACAGAUAUUCAAGAAGCCGAAAACGAACCCAACCAAUCAGAAUUUGCCAUUCCAAAUGAUUUCGACCCUGCAACUCAUUCGUCGCUUGAACACUAUUCGUGCACUGUCAUCCAAGAACGAAUGCCGGCCUUAGCUCGUGCAUUGAAUGAAGUAAUCCUGGAAAAUCAUGACUUGAAACAGGCCAUGAACAAUGCCCCCUCCGUAUCCAUGACAGAUGAUUCCGACCUCCAAAAACACGACCAUCAUCAGAACAGCUGUGGGAGUAGUGCGAGGAGUGAGGGAGGGAGUACGAUUGAUUCGACUAGUAGUUGGCAUCUGAUAGCUUCCCAGGGCAAACCGACAACUGUGGUGACGACCCCUUCAUCGCCUAUUAACGACUGCAGUAAACCAGGUUCGCCUGUGCAAAUCCAGUUCCUCAAUCAGGGACAACAGACGGAACCAGCUGAAGAUGAAGACGACGAAGAAGUGAAAACACCGAUUGGUCAGUCAGCCAUAACCCAGUUGGGCUUCGACUUCUUCGAGCUCGACCAUUUAGCCGCUUAUCUUUCCACUCAUCAACCAGAGAAAAACCCAGAAAUCGACUUAGAACUGUUGCAAACAGAAGCCUCAAACUUACACACAUCGAACUUACUACUUCUAUCUCAGAAAUUGAUAAAAGAACGAAGUGAAGCGUUACUGAGGCUCGAAGAGGUAUCAGCCAGGUUGCAAGAGUCGAACGAAACUCAGCCUUUGGAAACAAAACCAGGUGAAGAUGAAAAGCUUUCCUCUGAAAAUGAAAGACUGCAAUCUCGCAUUAAAGAACUUUCAACUGCCUUGGAACUCGCCGACCAGGAAUUACAGAAAAUAGACAUCCAUGCAAUAAGUCCACCUUCUCAAGACCAGAAAUUAGAAAGACGCUCUAACCAUUCUGAGAGCUCAGAAUGUGUGAAUUGUGAAGAUUUGAAGCAAACUCAGUUUUUGCUGGAAGAAUCUUUAUUAUCGAAUCAAAAAAUGGAAGUGGUUAUGGAAGAUCAAAAACUAAGUUUGGAGGAACUGCAGCAAAAUUUAAAUAAUCUUCAAGUCAAAAAUUCUAAAUUAGCGGCUAAAAAUCAAUCUUUGCAAGAUUUGACCGAAGAAUUAGUCAAUCAAAUCUCAGAAAGUGAGAAAAAUUUAGAGAAAUUAAAACAAUCUCAAAUAGAAGUUUUGAGAAAUUCUGGAAAUAGCGAAGAUUUGAAUCAAGAUAACAUUGAUCUAAGUAGAUCACCUGGAUUUCAACUUACCAUUCUAACUGAGUUACAAAAUGAAGUUGUAUCUUUGAAAAAGAAGUUGAAAAGGAGCAAAAUAGGGUUGGAAUCGGGAACUGGCAGUAAAGAAAGUCCAAGUCCUAAUUUACAGACAACAUUCCCGUUAGAAAAUUCAGAAAGAUCUGUAUUAGAACAAGCUUUACUUGACAAAGAAGAAGUAAUAAUGCGGUUGAAUCGUGAAAUUGAAGGUUUCAAAAUGACGAUUUCUGAAUUGUACCGAGAAAAUAACUCUAGAUUUGAAACGCAGUCGGAAUUAAUAUCUCUGAAAGAUCAAUUGAUAGGUCUUCAAAGUACACUGGAAAAGCAAGAAGAUCAAAUAGGCAAUAAAGAUUUUACUAUUGAGAAAUUGCAACAAGAUUUUGAAAAUCUGAAAUCUCAACAUUCCGAAGAAAUUGAUGCUCUAAAAUUAGAAGUUGAGAAAUUCCAGGCUUCUUGCGAAGAAUUGAGAAGCAAGGAAAAACGUUUAAAUGUCGAAAUCUCAAACCUAAUGCAAAACUUAGACGUCGUUACUCUAAAAUACGAAGGAAUUUUGAAAAUGUUUUCUGAGUUAAGCGAUGAAUAUUUCCCUCAAAAUGAAAAUUUGAAGCAAAUUGGAAAUCAAGAAUCAAUAAAUUGUUUGUUGGAAGAAAUUAAAGUAGCGUUGAAGGAAAAUCAGGAUUUGAAAUCGGUUUUGGAAUCUGAAAACGAAGAAAAAGACCAAAGUGUCGUGAAAAUUUCUGAACUUAAUAGUGCACUUAAAAACGUGAACAGUGAUCUGGAGCUUGAACGGAAGUCGAACUUGGAACUCCGUGAACAAAUCCAAGAAAUGAUGAAUAAACUUUCAAAUGUUACCAACGAGACAAACGAAUAUGGACUUCGCCUUAGACAAGUUUCAGAAAAAUUAGCAUCUUCAAUACACGAAAAAUGUGAUCUCAACACGAAAAUUAAUAAUUUAUUACUCGAAAGAGAAUCAUUAUUAAAAUCGAUCGAAAAACUAAAAGCCGAGAAAGAAUCUUUAAUAAAAGAAAUUAAUGCUCUGCAAAAAGAACUUGAUGAUGUUAAAGAUGUUUGCGAAAAACUAACAGUCGAAAUUGAAGAAUUAGUUAGCAGAAAUAGUGAAAUUAGCGACGAAGUUAAUCGAGAAACUGCAAUUUUACACGAUGAUUUUAAUGUCAAAAAUGAGCGUUUACAUUCGGAAGUUUCAGAAUUAAAAUCAAAAAUUGCCUCAAUCGAAAACGACCUGCAAAAUUCAGAGAGUAGCAAAAACGAAGUUUCGAGCCAGCUAGAAGUAAAAAACAACGAAUUAGCUAAAGUUAACUUAGACUUGAAAUCAAUUUACGCCAAAUUGGAAAGUAUUUUUGAAACAAGUGAUUGUUCAGAAAUUUCAAAAAUUGUCUCUUGGAUGAAGAAUGAAACAGAACGCGUUGAGAAUGAAUGUGUCUCAAAAACUCAACAGUUUAUCGAAAUAUCAGAAGAAUUUGAAUCCUUGAAACAAGAAUUUAGAAUUAAAGACAAAGAAUUUAGAUCAAAUGAAUAUAAAGCAAAACGACUAGAACGUGAUAAUGAUGAUUUAAAGCUGAAAGUUCAGAACUUGGCAGAUAAAAACGAAUAUUCAUCAGAUGAAUCAAAAUUACUAGAGGAGAAAAACCAAAGUUUAGCUGGGACAAUUGAGCAAUUAGAAAAUUAUUUGCAAAUUUCAGAGAAAAAAUUGAGCGACACUUUAAGCGGUGAUUGGGAACAAAGGUAUGAAAAAGAACGCGAAACAGUCGAAACUCAAAAAAGUCAAAUUCUGGAGUUGAGAAGUUUAGUCGAAGGUUACGAAAGUCAGUUAAAUGAGGCUCUUGAGGAUUACGAGUCGCUAAAACAGCGGUAUAAUUCAAUUUCAGAGAGGGUUUCUGGUAAUGAUCGGGCUUUUCAGGAAGAAAUUUCUACUUUAAAAGAGAAAAUUAGUUCUGCUACUUCUGAAAAACUUGAAUUUGAAAAACAAAUUAUAGAUUCGAGAAAUGAAAUUGAAAGUUUGACUCAGCAAUUACAAGAAAUGUUCAAUAAAGUGCAAAAAUCAGAAAUGGUGGUUAAUGAAAAAGAUAAUCUUAUUGUAAGUCUGAAUGAAAAAUUAUCGAAUACCAGAGAUAAAUUAUCGACAACUGAAAAAUCGUUGCAAAAUAUAGAACAGCAAACCACUAAAAAACUUUCCGAAUAUCAGCACGUUUUUGAAGUGAAAUCAGAAUUGGAAGAAAGCACCGAAAAAUUGCAAACAGAAAUAGAGAAACUGAGAACUAAAAACGAAGCUUUAAGUGAAAUUUUGAACGAAAACGAAAUUGGUUGGAACCAAAAAUUCAAAAAGCAGCAAGAAGAUUUCGAAAAUUAUGCUCAGCAAGCUUACCAAGUAAGAGCGCACUAUGAUCAGUUGCUAUUCGCUUAUAACGAGAAAACAGCGCAGUAUUCAAAGUUGGAAAAAACGGUAGAAACUUUACGAGAAGAAAACUCAAAACUAGAAGAAAAGUUGAUUGAUUCAUCAUCUAUGGCGCCAAUGACCUUGAGUGAACCGGAAAUUUGCACGGAAGUUGUUCAAAAUGUUACGUCAUCCUCGGGUUAUCCGCCAGAUUUGGUUCAAAUUUCCUCUGCUGGUGGUCAAAAAAUGGCGAUUGAGGUUUUACAAAAGGAAGUCAACUCCAAGAAUGAUGUAAUAUCGCAACUGAAAGUGGAUAUUUCAAAAGAACGAGAAGCCCUCCGAGCGAAAAAUGAAGAGUUGAAGAAAUUUGAAGAAAAGAUAGCCGACCUAACCUCCCAAGUGACCCAUAAAUCCAGCCAACUGCAAGACGUGACUUCCAAAAACGACAAACUAGCCCACGAAUUAGUGAGGCUGAGAGACCACAUGUUGAAGAUAGAAGAGGGGUAUACAAUGGAGGCAUUGACGGCUGAGGAGAGAGAGAAGAAUUUGAGGACUAAGUUGUACCAAGUGGAAGACCAUUUGCAGAGACUGACAAGUAGCAGUAAUGUCAUCGACUCGGAACUGCUGUCCAAAAUGAGCGAGCAGGAGAAACAGUUGACAGAAGUGACCAGUAGAGCCAAUCAGUUGGAGACCCAAUUAGAGGAGACAAGUGACCAGAUGAGACUGUACAAGGAUGCCAGUCAGAAUCUCCAGAUGGUGCUGGAGAACUUCCAGAAAGAGCAGGAACGUGAGAAGCGUACCCUGGAAGAUACUUUCGACCACCGUGUCCAGUCCCUCCAAGAAGAAAAACGCCAACUUGAGUCAAAAGUGGCCAAACUCACUGCACGUGUGGGCAAACAGCAGGAGUUGCUCGAACAGGCGGCACAUUUGAGUGGGGAGAUGGAAUUGAGGGAGGAGGAAAUUGAGAGGUUGAGGGGGGAGGUGGAUGCUCAGAUGGUGCAGGUGACCAAAUGGAAAAAGAAGGCACAGGAAGCAGUAGGUGUGGGCGAAAAGGUUGAGAAACAACUUGUGCGGAAUCUGUUGGUUGCCUAUCUAACUGUGCCUGCAAAUAAAAAGACGGACGCUUUAAAUAUGAUAGCGAGAUUCUUGGAGUUCUCCGAACAGGAGAGAAACAAGGUUGGAAUCAACGCACAACGUGGUUGGUUCUCAGGAUGGAUUCCUGCAACGCCUGCAAGCUCAAUAUCCCAGCAAAAUAAACAAUCCACAAAUACAGAAAACACAGAACAGGAAUCAUUCACGAAGAAAUUCAUCGAAUUCUUAGAAAACGAAUCAACCCAACCGACUGUUGUAUCGUUACCUCAUCAUCAUCUGAACCCACAAACAAUGGGCGAAAUGACGAUUGAAACUGGAUUUGGGAGCUCCGGCAAAGCAAAUCAGCACAGUCCGGCGAGUAGUACUGGGUCCACUUCGUCGGCGAGGCUCAAUUUCGGAGCGCAAUCUAGGCCAGGUGAUAGUAAAGGGGGAUUCAAUCCGUUUUCACCUUCAGUUUUACCCCAACUAAGACCGCAACAUUCACCUAGUCCAUCUUUAAGUGGUAAUAGUCAGUCUUCCUUUGAUGACAAUAGUGAGCAACAAAGUAGUUCAAGACAUCAUUUUUCGAACCAACAUUCGGGAGGUUCGAAAACAAGUCAAAUGACGUCAUCGCGAGAAGGUUCUAGAAGAAGUAGCAAUAGUUCCUCAGUUGUGCAAGGUGGCGUGGGUGUGUCAGCUUCGGGUGUUGUUUUCACGACUGGGGGUCAAGGUUACUCGAGUGAUGAUAAUUCGGACAGUGUUUCGUCUAGUGUAUCGACAAGAGCAGAGAACAGUUUUCUGAAAGAUUUAUUGAAAGAACACUAAUCGAACUAAUUAUAAAAUAUAUAUACCAUCUCAAUAAAAGUAGAAGCAGAUUUCGUUGUUA